AUGAUGACAUCGACAGCUGCCGCGACAACGACGACGACGACGAGUUUAGAUCGUCUUCACACGCUCUCGUCGUCGUCCACCAAAAGCACUCGAGGACGAUAUUCUUCGUCUGCUUCGUCUGCUUCUUCUUCGUCUUCUUUGACGACGACGACGAGGAGGAUUUUGAGAAACCGACAAAACAAAUCAUCGCCGAUAUCUUCAUCAUCAUCGCUCAAAGGUUUGACGGAAGAAAUCGCGCAACUCGGUUUAGACUUGGAUCGAAAUACCGUUGGACCGGCGGUUUUUGCACUCUCAGCCGUGAGCGUGUUCUGGCUGUUUUACGACGGUUCGGUGCAAACGAAACAACUUAAAGAAGAGCUCGAUGCCAGAGGUGUAGAUUCGUCCUUAUUUAACAAGUUGUACGAAUUGAAAUACAUCAAACGCGCGUUGGACUCUGGGGACCGAUCGGCGUACGACGAAGCCGAGGAGAAGAUUCAGUGGCAACGAUCGAAAAUCGUCGUAGGAGCAGGCUCUAUCACCGAGGUGCAAAAGAUUCAAAAGUUCUGGCAAAGUAAAGGCAUCAAGGUGAAAACGCUCGCGGACUUAGAUAAAGUUGAAGAGUACAUGGUGAAGAAAUACGGCGGCAAGAAGAGCAAGUUUUGA